GGACUCUUCAGAGGGAGGAGGAAGUAUCCGUGUCACAUCUCUGAGAGCACUCGCAGAUGCUGAGCCUGCAGAGACAGAGAAACUGGCAGCUGACCAGGGUCGGGGAUGGUCAUGUAUUCAAAUAUUGUGGGUUUUAGUUAACAGUGUGCUCCACCCGAUUCAACAAUGUGAUGUGACUGCUCCUAGCAACUAUUUUGAUAUGGUGAAUUUUGUUAACACAAGCAUAGGACCUAAGAAGAGGUGGCAGUCUCUUUCCUCUCCGCACUUGGCAGGCCACCCACUCAAUUCCUGAUAAUCACGUUUAAGAGAGCUCUGGACAAGCUGGAAUGCAUCCAAGAGAAUCCCUCAACAUGCUGGUGGCUUUCUAGAAGAUGACCAUAGAGGACCUUCCAGAUUUUCCAUUAGAAGGAAAUCCUUUGUUUGGAAGAUACCCAUUUAUAUUUUCUGCUUCUGAUACCCCAGUUAUCUUUUCCAUUUCUGCAGCACCAAUGCCUUCAGACUGUGAAUUUUCUUUCUUUGAUCCUAAUGAUGCAUCAUGCCAGGAAAUUCUUUUUGAUCCCAAAACUUCAGUUUCAGAAUUAUUUGCCAUUUUGAGACAGUGGGUUCCUCAGGUCCAGCAAAACAUUGACAUUAUUGGAAAUGAGAUUCUUAAGAGAGGUUGCAAUGUGAAUGAUAGAGAUGGAUUGACAGAUAUGACUCUUUUGCAUUAUACCUGCAAAUCUGGAGCUCAUGGUAUUGGUGAUGUGGAAACAGCUGUAAAAUUUGCAACUCAGCUUAUUGACCUGGGAGCAGACAUUAGUUUGCGGAGUCGCUGGACAAACAUGAAUGCUUUGCAUUAUGCUGCUUAUUUUGAUGUCCCAGAACUUAUAAGAGUGAUUUUGAAAACAUCGAAACCAAAAGAUGUGGAUGCCACUUGCAGUGAUUUUAAUUUUGGAACAGCUUUGCAUAUUGCAGCAUACAACUUGUGUGCAGGUGCUGUGAAGUGCCUCUUGGAGCAGGGAGCAAAUCCUGCAUUUAGGAAUGACAAAGGACAGAUCCCUGCUGAUGUUGUUCCAGACCCAGUAGAUAUGCCAUUAGAGAUGGCUGACGCCGCAGCCACUGCUAAGGAAAUCAAGCAGAUGCUUCUAGAUGCGGUGCCUCUGUCAUGUAACAUCUCAAAGGCCAUUCUCCCAAAUUAUGAUCAUGUCACUGGCAAGGCAAUGCUUACGUCACUUGGCCUGAAGUUAGGGGAUCGUGUUGUUAUUGCAGGACAGAAGGUUGGUACAUUAAGAUUUUGUGGAACAACUGAAUUUGCAAGUGGGCAGUGGGCUGGCAUUGAACUGGAUGAACCAGAAGGAAAAAAUAAUGGAAGUGUUGGAAAAGUCCAGUACUUUAAAUGUGCCCCCAAGUAUGGUAUUUUUGCACCUCUUUCAAAGAUAAGUAAAGCAAAAGGUCGAAGGAAGAAUAUAGCACACACUCCUUCUACAAAAUCUGCUGUACCUCUCAUCAGGUCCCAGAAAAUUGACGUAGCUCAUGUAACGUCAAAAGUAAAUACUGGAUUAAUGACAUCAAAAAAAGAUAGUGCUUCUGAGUCAACACUUUCAUUGCCUCCUGGUGAAGAACUGAAAACUGUGACAGAGAAAGAUGUUGCCCUGCUUGGAUCUGUCAGCAGCUGCUCCUCUACAUCUUCUUUGGAACACAGACAGAGCUACCCCAAGAAACAGAAUGCAAUCAGCAGUAACAAGAAGACAAUGAGCAAAAGCCCUUCCCUUUCAUCCAGAGCCAGUGCUGGUUUGAAUUCCUCAGCAACAUCUACAGCAAAUAAUAGCCGUUGCGAGGGGGAACUCCGCCUCGGAGAGAGAGUGCUAGUGGUAGGACAGAGACUGGGCAUCAUUAGGUUCUUUGGGACAACAAACUUCGCUCCAGGAUAUUGGUAUGGUAUAGAGCUUGAAAAACCCCAUGGGAAGAAUGAUGGUUCAGUUGGAGGUGUGCAGUAUUUUAGUUGUUCUCCAAGAUAUGGAAUAUUUGCUCCCCCAUCCAGGGUGCAAAGAGUAACAGAUUCCCUGGAUACCCUUUCAGAAAUUUCUUCAAAUAAACAGAACCAUUCUUAUCCUGGUUUUAGGAGAAGUUUUAGCACAACUUCUGCUUCUUCCCAAAAGGAGAUUAACAGAAGAAAUGCUUUUGCCAAAUCGAAAGCUGCUUUGCGUCGCAGUUGGAGCAGCACCCCCACUGCAAGUGGCAUUGAAGGGAGCGUGAAGCUGCAUGAGGGGUCUCAGGUCCUGCUCACGAGCUCUAAUGAGAUGGGUACUGUUAGGUACGUGGGCCCCACUGACUUUGCUUCAGGUAUCUGGCUUGGACUUGAGCUCCGAAGUGCCAAGGGAAAAAAUGAUGGGUCAGUGGGUGACAAGCGCUAUUUCACCUGUAAGCCAAACCAUGGAGUCUUAGUUCGACCGAGCAGAGUGACCUAUCGGGGAAUUAAUGGGUCAAAACUUGUGGAUGAGAAUUGUUGAGUUAAGCUUCUAAAAUAUUAAAUAAGCUCGAAUAUAUAUAUUUGGUGUAAAUAAAGAGUCCAUGGUAAAUGGUUUAUUUAGCCAUAUUAAAAUUUUGAAAAUAUAGUUAUCUUCUUAAAAACCAUUAUAACAAUUUAGAGAGAGUUCUUUACAAAGCCAUGAAUAUGAACUCUGGGGAAUCAUGGUUCUUUUAAAGCAAUUUUCAAAAUAGGUACCAAUUAAAGCUUUAGGUCCCAAGAAGAUUCUGGGACUCAGGAAGAAAAAGUGCCAUCAGGUGACCAGCUGUUGCAUUUCUUGCUUAUUCUGUUUUGUUUUUGCACAUCAUAUUGGAUUUUUGUUAGUGCCCUAAUUGUGAAGGGUUUCUCUAGCUUUGAUUAUGUAUAAUGUUCACGUGACCUUUUUUUGUCAAGCAUUUUUGGAAUUUUUCUUUCUUUCUGUGCUUUAUUACUAAUAAGUCCAAUGAGUGAAUAGUAGCUAGCUGACUAGUAUGUAUUUUUAUAUUUUGGUAAAAUUAUUUGCCCUUUCAGAAUGCCUCAUCUAAAGAUACAUGAUAAUUUUGGAGUUGGAAGGGGCCUUAGAGGCUCUCCAGCUCUGCUUCUUGCCCAUUGCCAAAUACCGAAAUGGAAGCCUGUCUUACCUGGGGUCACUAACUGGUUGGUUAACUGCGCUAAGAAUAGACUGUGGGUCUCCUCACUUGUGGCCCAGUGCUCUUUGUGCUAUACAAAAUGUCUAAUCUCAGAUUUUUCUUCUGCUGCUUGACUGCUUCUUCUGGAUGAACUACAAAAAACCCAUGAUUAAGGUUUAUAAAUUCAAGCGAUAAUUAGAUUUUUUUGCACAGACUUACUUAACUUCCUUAUUGGAUAUGUUUGUAACACAUAAACACGAAGCACUUUUAAAACAUGAUGCACUUUUAUCUUUGUGAAGAAUUUACUGUCCUUUCCUCCUGGGAUAUGAGAAACAUUUUAAAAAACGUAUUUAACAGAAGAGAGCAAAUAAAGAUAUAUCAGGAAGGAUGUAUUAUUUACUUAAAUGUUUACAAUAUCUGGAUUUUUUUUGUUUUAUUACUCAUAGAACUGGUGUUGUUUGCUGUUUUUAUUUCUCUAAUUGUUGCAGAGUUCUGUCUGUUACAAAGCUGCAGACCUGUAUCAUUUUUAUUUUCCUUCUUGAGCAUAUGUUAACAAACUAAGCUUCACAUUAGAGUGAUGUCAUAAUGUAAAAUGUUUGCAUUGUGGUUAGGUAUUGAAGUUUAUGUCCUGUCUGUGUAAAGAUUCAUCUUUUAUUGUAAAUAUUUAGACUUUACCACAGAAAUAUUGGAACAGUUUGCUUUAUAAGAUUAAAAAGUAUCCUUCAGAAUGGAGCUUGCCUUGUGCUUAGAAAUAAUAUGUUGAACUAUUUUGCAAUAUACUAUUUUAAAUCUAAAUUCUGUCACUUCGCUGCCUUUUUAAAAUAGUGUGGUGUUUAAAAUGUUGCUAGAGCUAUUUUCCUGAAAUAUAUUUGCAAAAUAAGGCUGCUUUGUAAUCAAGGAAUAUUUUUAUUGAUUGAAGGAAAUGACUGUACUGCGAUUCAAAAGUAAACUUAUUUUAUUAUACAGAUUAUUUCUUAAAAACUCUAUUUAUACCUUAACAUGAAAUCCAUGACCACACCAAACUUGGUUAUUCAUAAUUUUUCUUGUUAAAUAUAAAACACUAUAAGUUAAAAACAGUAAUGCCAACAUUGAAUUUAUUUUUGAGGUCGAAGAACCGGUUGUUCUCUUUAUAUUUAGAUGAGGAUUAUUAAGUCCAUAUAACAUGUAUGUUUACAUAUACUAUACAUGCAAAUUAGGUGUUUUCAUUUGUGUUUUGCUUAUGAAAUGUCAUUUAAAGUUCACUUCUUGAGCAACAAUAAAAAGGGAAGCUGUGUGGUUUUGGAA